AUGCCAAACUGCAGCGCCUACACCAUCAAUGCUGGCGCUGACAUCACUGUUGGGACCGAGACCGUCACCGGGAAGGGCUCUGCUGACAUCAAUCUCUCCCUGGGCGGCUACACCGCCAGUGACAUCACCACCAACAGCAGCAGCUGCACCUUCAAGGCCGGCACCACCUGGACCUGCAGCAACCUGGUUCCUGGGGUGCACAUUGUCGCAUUCGCCGCGAACAAGGAUGGCUGCCAGACCAUAGACGUCGUCAAGAUCUCUGUGACAAACUGCAGCGCCUACAUCAUCGAUGCCGGCGCUGAUGUCGCUGUUGGGGCUGAGACCGCCACGGGAAAGGGCACUUCUGACAUCAGCCUGUCCCUGGGCAGCUACACCGCCAGUGACAUCACCACGAACAGCACCCGCUGCAUCUUCAAGGCCGGCACUACUUGGACGUGCAGCGGCCUGGAUACUGGUGACACCACCGUCACGUUUGCAGGCACCAAGGACGGCUGCCAGACCGCAGACGCCGUCAAAAUUUCUGUGUCAAACUGCAGCAUUUACACCAUCAAUGCCGGCGCUGACAUCACUGUUGGGACCGAUGCUGUCACGGGCAAGGGCACUGCUGACAUCAAUCUCUCCCUAGCCAGCUACAUCGCCAGUGACAUCACCACCAACAGCAGCAGCUGCACCUUCAAGGCCGGCACCACCUGGACCUGCAGCGGCUUGGACACCGGUGACACCAGCGUCAGUUUUGCUGCCAACAAGGCCGAUUGCAGCGUCUACACCAUCGACGCCGGCGCUGAUGUGACUGUUGGGACCGACAGCAUCACUGGGAAAGGCACAGCUGACAUCACACUCUCUUUGGGCAGCUACGCCGCCAGUGACAUCACAAUCAACAACACAAAUUGCAUUUUUAAGAAUGGCAACACUUGGACCUGCAGUAACCUCGUUUCUGGUGACACCACCGUUGCGUUCGCCGCCAUCAAAGCCGGCUGCCAGAGCACAGAUACCAUCAAAGUUUUCGUUUCAGACUGCAGCGCCUACACCAUUGAUGCUGGCGCUGACGUCGUUGUUGGGGCUGACGCCGUCACGGGAAGGGGCGCUGCCGACGUCAGUCUCUCCCUGGGCGGCUACACCGCCAGCGACAUCACCACCAACAGCAACCGCUGCACCUUCAAGGCCGGCACCACCUGGACAUGCAGCGGCCUGGACCCUGGUGACACCACCGUCACGUUUGCCGCCAACAAGGCCGGCUGCCUGCACUCAGAUUCUGUCAAGAUCACUGUGACAAACUGCAGCGCAUACACCAUCAACGCCGGCGCUGCUAUCACGGUCGGGACCGAUGCUCUCACGGGCAAGGGCACUGCUGACAUCAGUCUCUCCCUGGGCAGCUACACUGCCAGCGACAUCACCACCAACAGCACCCGCUGCACGUUCAAGGCCGGCACCACCUGGGCCUGCAGCGGCUUGGACACCGGUGACACCAGCGUCACAUUUGCCGCCAACAAGGCCGACUGCAGCGCAUACACCAUCAAUGCUGGCGCCGACAUCACCGUUGGGCCAGACAGCAUCACUGGGAAGGGCACUGCUGACAUCAGUCUGUCUUUGGGCGGCUACACCGCCAGCGACAUCACCACCAACAGCAGCACCUGCACCUUCAAGGCCGGCACCACUUGGACCUGCAGUGGCCUGGACACUGGUGACACCACCGUCACGUUUUCUGGCAACAAGGCUGGCUGCGGCGCCUAUAUCCUAAAUGCCAGCGCUGAUGCCGUUGUCGAGGCGGACAGCACCACAGGAAAGGGCACUGCCGACAUCAAUCUCUCCCUGGGCAGCUAUACUGCAAGUGACAUCACCACCAACAGCAGCAGCUGCACUUUCAAGGCUGGCACCACCUGGACCUGCAGUAGCCUGGACACUGGUGACACCACCGUCAAGUUUGCUGCCAACAAGGCUGACUGUGGCCUCUACACCAUCAAUGCUGGCGCUGACAAGAGUGUACAAGCCGAUUCUGUGACCCAGCUCGGCAAAGCUGACAUCAUCUUCGACCUUGGAACCUUCUCCAUCGGAGAUGUCACCUCGGACUGGGCCAAUUGCACAGUGAAGACGGGCACAACCCUCACCUGCAGCGCUCUGCCCGUUGGCGUCGGCACCAUCCAAUUCCAGGCCACCAAGGGCGGCUGCACCAAGGUUGACAGCGUUGCAAUCACCGUGUCCAAAGACAUUGACGAGUGCGCAUUGACGACCCCUGCAUGUAGCACCAAUGCUGACUGCGCUAACACUGCGGGCAGCUACACCUGCACCUGCAAGGACGGCUAUCAGGGCAAUGGGAAGACCUGUGAUGGUAAGACGCGCGAGGUGUCACGCCACAGGGUGCUGCUGGCGCUGGCUGGGCGCCACCUGCUGAGCACCACUGUCCUUGACGCCUGGGCGGUCACUGGAGCUGUUGUCACCCAGGCGCUGGGCAUCCCCGCCACCACGCGCAUCCAGCUAGUUGUGGACGGCGCCACGGCUGCGCCACCCAGCGUCGUGAUCAGCCAGGGCUCGGUGCUGAAGGUGGCCCUUGGGUUGGACGCCAAAUCGGGCCUGCUGGGCCUGGCUGACCCUACAAGUACCGCCACCAAGCAAAGCAAAGUGGUCUUUGUUGUCACGGCGGUGGCAAAACAGAUGUGCCUCACCAGGAGAAUACCUGCUGCGGCGAGCAACUGCCUCAACUGGGAGCCAUACAUCGCCACCAAGCCCCUCAAGUUCAUCGUGGAGGGCCAGCGCACAGUGACUGCCUUCUUCCGAAAUUCCUCAGCAGACAAACAGCCCUGGGGCCCGGCGAGCGCAACGUUUUUGUUCGACAAGACGGCGCCGAAAAUGGCUGCAAACCUCAUCAACCUGGGUGCCAAGUUCAGUGGCGGGAGCGGCACUGGCGACCUUACUGUCACGUUCAACGCGGCCGCAACGGACAACCCCACAAGCAAGGUCAAGGGCUCAGGCGUGAAAGACUAUAUCCUGGUGUACAGCUCGGCAGGCGUUGUGCCGCCAUCCAAGUGCGCUGUCUCGUCCACGGUGGCCAGCCUGCCCAUCACCUACUCGGCCGACGGCAAGUCUGGCGCGGCGGUGGUGGCAGCAGUUGCUGCUGCCAACGUCAAUAAGUACAGGUUCAGGCUCUGUGCGCGUGACAAUGUUGGGUUGGUUGCAUCCGGCCUGACCCUGGUGGCUAAGCCCUGA